UAUUGAGCAACAGUUUCGCUCAGCCGUGCUCAGUGUAGUGUUCGCACUUCAGGAGGCCCUGAGUGUUUAUUUCUUUAAUUUAUUUCUAAUUUAUUACCGGAUCCCAUUCUAGUCAUGCCGGAACCCAACGCUAACGAGAGUGUGGAGUUGGCCGCCGAAGCGACCGACAUGUGUGGUGAACUUUGUGUCCGGCCGGCGAUGAAGCAUUCGGACACCAAGGAUAGCAUCUCUUCCGUGGACAGUGACGUGAGCCUGUCGUUCGACUCGGCCCCCGUAGUCUCCGAGAGUGUGAGUGACGAGCGGGUAGAAGAUGACGAUCCCGUGGAGGACGAGGAGGGUGCCAACCUCGCCGACCAGUCGGACACGGGCUCCGAGGAAGGCGGAACGAUGGAGAAGGAUUCCGGUUGCGAGGGCUUGGAGAAGCCACCGAAGGAUGAGAAGAGCGAGGAGGAAUCCCCUUUCAUCCCCCCGGAUGACGAACAAGUGGAGAAGAUAAUCGCACAAGUGGAGUUCUACUUCUCCGACGUCAAUAUUACCAAAGACGCUUUCCUUCUGAAACACGUCAAGAGGAACAAGGAAGGGUACGUCUCUCUCAAGUUGAUAUCUAGCUUUAAAAGAGUCAAACAUAUUGCAAAGGAUUGGAGGGUUGUAGCGUACGCUCUGGCGAAGUCGAAGAAGCUCGAGAUCAACGAGGCGGGGACGAAACUUCGCAGAGUGGAUCCUCUUCCCGCCUACGACCAGACUACACCUUCGAGGACCGUGGUCGCCAUAGACCUCCCAUUGGAGAAACCCACUAUAGAGAAUGUCGCAGAGAUGUUCCGCACUUGUGGUGAGAUAGCGCUGAUAAGAAUCCUACGACCUGGCAACCCCAUUCCAGCCGACGUGAGGCAUUUUGUCAACAAGCACCCCGAAAUGAAUGGCACCGUCAGCGCAUUGGUGGAGUUCGUGAGGACCGAGUCCGCGCACAACGCUAUAAACCGACAGGAUUGGGAUUGGAGGAGUUGUGAACACUCGGGGAUGCGAGUGAUUGAGCUGAACGCUCCCCCGAGUGUGGACCGGAAGAAGCGCACACAGGGCACGAAGAAGAACCCGGUCACCAGACUCUUCGACUCAGAAUACUCCUCGUCGUGUGCGAGCGGUAGCGAGGCCGAGGAUCUCCGCUACAGGAUGAGGAUGCAGAGGAGGUGUUCUUCGCCUCACAUGGCCCGACAGCCUGGGGACCACUGGACUCAGCGUCGCUGGUCGCGUGACUCCGGGUCAGACAGUCCCGGUAGCAGCUUCUCCAGAUCCAGGUCCAACUCCGGAGUGUUCUUCGUACCGGACCACGUCCGCCGGAUGUCCGCAGGCUGGGACUCCGGUUCCGAUUCCUACAGUAGCAGCCGUUCACGCUCCAACAGCGGCGUCUCCAUCCCCGACAAUGCACUCAGGAGGUUCUCUCUGCAGAGCAAGGACUCCGACUGCUGCUGCUGCGGACAUUACCAGGAGAGGAUGACCUACUGCCGCGACUCCGGGAGCGAGGGCUACGGCAGUAACAGGUCUCGGUGCAACAGUGGUGCGUCCGACAUCAAGCGGAAGGACUCCGGUGAGUACUACUGCCCCUCGAGAUUCAUACAGCCCGACCGUCGUGUGUCUGUCGUCAAGGAGCCAGAGGGACCGUACUGCCCCCGCCCCAGGACCAACAGCGCCAUCGCCAUCCAGGACCCCGUCACAGGCAGGCGGAUCUCCCUAGGAAGCGAGUCCGACAGCGGCAAAGUGGGAUUCCAGAGGCAGCGAUCCAACAACGGCAUCCACCUGCCCGAGAACAUAGUGAGGAUGCCUAGAGGACCAGACGGAGGCCGCGGGUUCGUCGUCCCAGCCCCCGCCUGCCACACUCUGGUCGAGUAAUUACCCGAACCACACAUCAAACAUUUUCAAUCAAAACCCUAAACGUAGUUUUAAUUGUAUUGUUAAGAUCUCUAAUUUAAACUCUUACAGUUUGAAAUACCUAAAUUUUCAAUCCUAAUAGAAAUCUAAAGCAAUAAAUUUAUCCAUGUGCUCAUAUACGAACAAAAAUGUAUAUAUUAACUUAUUAAGUCGGUAUUGAAUUGAAAUCCAUAUCGAUAAAGCGUGUGUGAUAAAUGUACGAAAGUGGAAUAACUGUAAGACUGUAAAUAUUUUUGAGAGAUUCGUUAUUUUUACAAUGUUAGGUGAAGUUUUUACGACUGAACACUUUUUAGGGCCCUAAAAGGUUGUGAAUGAAUAUGGAGUAACUAUUUAUCGUUAAGUUGUUUGAUGUAAAUAUAACAUCGUUUAUUGUUUCCUUAUGAUGUUACCAUGAUGUUUGUAAUUUUAUUUUCACUGCAUGAUUAAUUUAUUUUGCUCGAGCACCCAUUAUAUCUUAUUGCAUAUCAUCAUUUAUUUAUUCCGUCCAGUUAAUUUAUUUUCAUUUGUCUUAAUGUCUUGUUUACUUUUUUCACAUUCCGCUAUUCAGAUUUGAUAUAGUUUAUUACUGUUGAUUGCUUGUCAUUGUUUAUUUAUUGUUUGUGCAAUGUGUGACCAACAAGAACUGUUAGUUUUGUAGUUUUAUACAGAGUCAGUAUUGUUACUGCUUGGAUGAGAGCUUGAGCUCGUAUAGUACCAUUUAUUGUUAAUUGUUAAAUUUAAUUUAUUGUAAAUAAAUACUUUUUCAAAUUGUAAAA